GUCGAAUUUGUGCGACCUGAACGUUUCUACGACAACAGCGGCCUGUGUGUGUUUUCACUCGACUGCUGUAAUUUUUCUCUCCGGUGGAGGAUUUCUCUCUACUAUCCCGCACCAACAUGAAACUAGUCAGGUUUUUGAUGAAGCUCAGCCAUGAGACGGUUACCAUUGAGCUGAAGAAUGGAACCCAGGUCCACGGCACCAUCACAGGUGUCGACGUGAGCAUGAACACCCACCUGAAGGCUGUGAAAAUGACUCUGAAAAAUAGGGAGCCCACUCAGCUGGAGUCGCUGAGUAUCCGUGGCAACAACAUCCGUUACUUCAUCUUACCAGACAGUUUGCCAUUGGACACCCUGCUGGUUGAUAUCGAGCCAAAGAUCAAGUCCAAGAAAAGAGAAGCAGUGGCUGGACGGGGACGAGGCAGAGGACGAGGCCGUGGCAGAGGCAGGGGACGAGGGCGAGGUGGCCCAAGAAGAUGAUCACAACGCCAUACAGUUUUUUUUUUUUCUUGUUUUUUUUUUUUUUUCCACGAACUCACUGUUUGUACAGGAUUUUUUUUCCUCCCCUGUUUCUGUUGUUCUUACCCAGAAGAGCAGUUUGAAUAUCAGUGUGCUUUCAGUUAUGUGUUUUUCCCUAUUUUGUACAUUAAAAUCCUAAAAGGAUAAA